AAGAAUCUGAGCUUGUAGCAAACAUCCCAGCACCAGACAGCAGAGGACAGGCAGGAUCUCCUGCACACUGGCCAUAUACUGCCUCUCUAUCAGCCCAGUGUAUAGUGUCAGCAUUCAGCCUCAAGGCCAGGGGGGUGGCAGCUGGAAAGAGAAAACUUUGUUGAGAGCUACAGGGGGAAAAGUUUUGGAGCUGCAGUGUGUGUGAUCUCUGCUCCAUACAACACCUGCAGGCAGAGACACAAGCAAGUCUGGAUCAUGAGCUCUGUGAACAGCUCCAGUCUAUAGGACCUUCCUGCUGUGACCACUGGUAUCCCAGGGAUUACUGCAUGCUGAGCCCUUGAUAUUUAUGGACCUCUUCCCUGCUGACUCUGUAUGAUCAUCACUUGUCAUCAUGCUCACCCUGCACUCUGUGGCUCUGGCUAUUAUCUUGUUCCAAGGAUUCCAGUGCAACUCAGAGCAUCACGGAGAAAGUGAAAUAUUAUCAAAGCUUGAGCUAAGCCCGGCCACGGAUUAUCUGGAGAUCAAAAUAAGGCGAAACAUAACCUUAACCUGCAGGGGAACUGGAUCCAUGACAUGGUAUUGGGAACAUAUACCAUAUUAUAAACAUAGCAGAAUGGAGGAAAAAUCUGAGAAGUGUUCAGAACCAGAUCAGAGUCACCUCAUCUGUAGCUACUUAACACUCACCAAAGCCCAAGUGAAUGACACUGGAUACAUAAGCUGUCGCUAUAAACAUCAAAACAAAAGGAAUCUGCGGCUACAGGCUAAAAUAUAUCUGUAUGUAAAAGAUAUUAAUCAACCAUUCCUUGAAAUGAACAAUCGUAUCCCCGGUAUUGCAUAUAUGGAUGUUAAGGCGAAAGAGCUUUUCGUUCCUUGCCGUGUCAGCUCACCAAAAUUUAAAGUCACCUUACAUUAUUUUCAAAAUAAAGCUAAAAUAUAUCAACGUGGAAUGGAGUGGGACCCUAAGAUCGGUUUUACAAUACCAUCACCUCACCACAGUCUUUAUGAAAUUUUACAAUGUGAAACUGAGGUCAAAGGAAAACAUUAUUACACCAUGUUCUGGAAGGAAAACAUAGUUCAAAGUAAGACAGAAAUUACCAAUGUGGAAGCAGAGAGGACCACUCUGUUAGCUGGGGAAACACUUCAUUUAACCUGCACUGGAGAAGCCCCCUAUAAUUCCAGGGUGAUUUUGGAUUGGGUACAUGAUAAAAAGGUUCUGAACUCUGUGAAAAAAAUAUAUGAUACAGGAAGUGGCUACAUGGGAGACAGAAUUCUGGAAAUAAAAAAUGUGACAAAGAAGCACAGUGGAAUUUACUUUUGCAUGGAUGCCAACUUUCCAAAUGUUGCCAAUAAUAUUUCGAUAACAGUUUACGAAAAGCCAUUCUUGAAAAUUAAUGGUUCACCUGAAAACUCUCAGGUACAUGUAGCAUUGGAAGGCAUUGAACUGAAAUUGUCUGUUAAAGUUAAAGCAUUUCCACCGCCACAAAGUGUCUGGUUCAAGGAUGGAAAACUAAUAGAAAAGAACAGCACCUGUUACAGAACCAACCCAGAAAAGCACAGCUUGGUUAUAAGAAAUCUAAAGGAGAAUGAUGCAGGGAUUUACACUUUACUGGUCUUCAUUAGUCAACAUAAUCUGCAAGACAAAUAUAACUUCACAGUGAAGGUCCAUGUCAAGCCUAAAAUUUUGGAGAAAGAGACAGACUUCUACAUGGUGGAACCAGUUCUUCUUGGAGAGUCCCGCCGCUUCCAGUGCACUGCCUAUGGAAAUCCUCUACCCUCUAUUACCUGGGAAUGGCAGCCAUGUCUAUAUUCAAGUACAACGUGCGAAGUGGAUCCCAGGGUGAAAAGGAUUCCUAUUUCAUCUUAUAAAAAAGACAACAAUGAUAAUGAUACACGACCUCUUAUUGAAGAAGUUCAAGUGACACAAGAAGAGAAUAAUAGGGUUGUGAGCAGUCUAAUAACCUCCUGUAACAGCAACCAGUCAGGAAUUUUCUUCUGCAUAGCAAAAAACAAUGAUGGGAUGGAUGAGCGAUUUAUGCAUUUCAUUCUAUCAGAGGUCAAAUCAGGGGUAAUGACUAAAGAAGAGACAACAGUUUUGGUUGGUAAAAACAUCAGCCUUGACUGCAGUGCAGAAAAAUAUCUUUUUACAAAUCUGACAUGGUUCUAUCCAUCUGGAAAAGCGGUGCCUACAGACCUGGUUGAGUUCUACCACAAAAAACAUACUACUCAUCUCUCUCUGCUUUUAAGAAAUGUGACCAAAGAAGAGGCUGGACAAUACAACUGCUCAGCUGAGAAUCAAUACACAGAGGAGAUAGUUCACAGGACAAACAACCUAAUAGUUCUAGACAAGGAGGCUCCAUGGGUGGUGCACUACCUUGAAAAUACAAUAGUAAACAGCAGUAGCACACUUUUGCUGGAUUGUACAGUAAAUGGGAGUCCUUCACCCACGAUUUCUUGGCUGAAGAAUGGUUAUGAGAUUAAACAAGCUUCAGGAAUAACUUUGCAUUCCAAUAACAGCCUGAUGAUUGAGAGAGUGAAAAAAGAUGAUGAAGGCUUGUACGAGUGUCAUGCACACAAUGAAAUGGGACAUACCAACACUUCUGCCUACAUCACUAUUAGAGGUGGAGAAGAAAAAUCUAACAUAGAAGUAAUCAUCCUUGUAUGCACAGGUGUUGCAGCUACUUUAUUUUGGCUUCUCCUUACCCUCUUUAUACGGAAACUAAAAAAGCCACAUGCAUCAGAAAUUAAAACAGGUUACCUGUCCAUCAUUAUGGAUCCUGAUGAGAUGCCACUGGAUGAGCAAUGUGAUAGGUUGCCCUAUGACAGCAGCAAGUGGGAAUUUCCUCGAGAUAGGCUUAGUCUUGGUAAAACGCUGGGUCAUGGUGCUUUCGGCAAGGUGGUGGAAGCUUCUGCUUUUGGCAUUGAUAAAAGUUCUACGUGCAAAACAGUUGCUGUUAAGAUGCUUAAAGAGUGUGCAACAAACAACGAAUGCAAAGCUUUAAUGUCCGAACUGAAAAUCCUUAUCCAUAUUGGCCAUCAUUUGAAUGUUGUUAAUCUACUAGGCGCUUGCACCAAAGCGGGAGGACCUUUGAUGGUUAUUGUGGAAUAUUGCAAGCAUGGAAACUUGUCGAAUUAUUUACGAAGCAAACGGGGAGAUUUUAUAGCUUACAAGUCCCAAGAAGCCGAGAAGACAGCAGAUGACUCCAACAGUGACCACUCCGACUUAAUAAAGAGGAGGUUGGAAAGCGUGGCCAGUACUGGCAGCUCCGCCAGCUCAGGAUUCAUAGAAGACAAAAGUUACAGUGACUCAGAGGAGGAAGAAGAAGAUCCUGAAGAUGUGAGCAAGAGGCAGCUAACAAUGGAAGAUCUGAUUUGUUACAGCUUCCAGGUGGCAAAGGGCAUGGAGUUCCUGGCCUCAAGAAAAUGUAUUCAUCGUGACUUGGCAGCCAGGAACAUCCUAUUGUCUGAAAAUAAUGUAGUGAAGAUCUGCGAUUUUGGUCUAGCUCGUGAUAUAUACAAAGAUCCAGAUUAUGUGCGCAAAGGAGAUGCACGGUUACCUCUUAAGUGGAUGGCACCUGAAGCUAUAUUUGAUAAGAUCUACACCACUCAGAGUGAUGUGUGGUCCUUUGGUGUGCUAUUAUGGGAGAUAUUUUCACUGGGUGCUUCUCCAUACCCUGGUGUACAGAUUGAUGAAGAUUUCUGUUGCAGACUAAAGGAAGGAACUCGCAUGAGAUCACCAGAAUACUGUACUCCUGAAAUGUAUCAGACAAUGCUGGAUUGCUGGCAAGGAGUCCCAACAGACCGACCAACCUUUACAGAUCUAGUGGAACGCUUAGGAGAUCUUCUUCAGGCCAAUGUUCAGCAGGAGGGAAAAGACUAUAUUCCUCUGAACACUGCUUUACGCAUUGAUGGCGAUAUGAGUGUAAAACCUGGAAUUGAGGAACAAAACAUAAGACAUUCCAUAACACGAUGGAGCACAUUGGAGGCUGGAAACAACAACAAGAACCGACCGCUGAGUGUGAAGACAUUUGACGAGGUGCCAGUGGGAAAGGACAAAGUACUCAGUGAGGAGAGUGAAUCUGACAGCGGUAUGGUGCUUUCUUCAGUGGAAAUGAAGUAUCUCAAGCGACAAGAGACCAGAUCGUGGCCUUUCGGAAUAAUUGCUAAUGCGAUGAAAGCAGUAAGCAAAAGCAAGGAGUCGGUAUUGGGGGAGAAUGAAAGAAAUCAUGUAAAGUACCAGCCAACUUCCCAAAUAGAAGAAGACCUCACACUCGAAGACCUUGUCCUUAUGCCCAUGGAUCUUAACCUUGAGUGUCACAGCCCACCUCCAGAUUAUAACUCUGUCAUUCAUUAUUCAACCCCUCCAGUGUAGCACCAGGGACCACGACCAAAGUAAUGCUGGUCCGACUAACAGCUUGUUCAGUAAUGCAGCCGUCUUUUAUAGACAUUUAACAGAUCCAUGACUGUUUCAUCAGUCCAUAGGAAUAUCAUAUCAAGUAGCAUUGCGUUUUACUGUGACACAAGGAGAAUCUAUGGAGAGUGGAAUAACUUUGAAAGCCUAUAUCACUGAGAAACCAGCACCAUAUGGACAACCUAUUAGAGCACAAGAGUUAAGUACUUGUGUAGGAUCAAGAUUUAUACCCACCUGUAAUCCUGGUAUUGGAUUACUGUUCUCAUGUGCAUUAUUUGGGACAUAUCGACCAGACUUUAACUAUAUUUUGCAAGGAUGUUUGAGCGUAAACCCAAGUUAGGCUUUCUUCUUGGGUAAACUGUAAGUGUACUGUAAAACCAAAGCAACAGGCUUUUUAUUGGUAAGGGGAUGACUUAUUAUUUUCAAGCACAAGUGGCAUGUAGGAAAUCGAUGAUGAAAAUUGUAGCUCCUAGGUCCCAAUGCAAUGCCUGUAACAUUUCCUCCUCUACCAUGUGCUACUUGUAAUUCUAGUGAUUACUUAUUUGGCAGUGGGGUGAAUGAGGCCCCUCAGGCAGCAGUGCUACCUCCGCAUCCCUAUAACAGUGUCCUUGUAGGAAACUUAUUGUACACAUUGAUAAAUGUUGUCUGAGCCAAGUGUUUUGUUACAGACUGCUGGAUUUCUGUGAUAUCAUAGGUAUCAGUGUCUGUUUCUGGGUCCAUGUUUGCUCAUAUUGCCUUCAGAAAUCUAAUUUAAUUUUGAAAAGAAAUAUUCCCCUUUUAUAUUUGUAUGAAGCUUAGUUUUUGGGGCCCAUCAAAUGCUUGCUAUCAUAGCUUUUCAUUACACCUAUUCUUUUUAGUAUGGAGGAGUUAAGAAUUAUGUGCAUCCCAUUUCCUACAAAACCCUAGCUGCCGGACCUAAACUUAUCGUUGAUGGGACAUCCUAUUUCCUUGUCAAAAAAGUUAAAGGGGCUGUAUAUUUUACACAGUUCUUUUUUGUUGGUAGGUUUCCUAGAAAAUAAGCUGAAUACAUGAUUUUCCUCUAUUGGGACCACCACAUGAUCUAAUGUAAUCUAAAAGGAACCUGUCAGCAAGUGUUAAAUUUCCAAUGUGGCACUACCACAGAAAUAAAGUGUUGCACAAUGCCCUUUUACAUCAGUGGGUUGUUUGUGUACUCCAUGGAUGUGCUGAGGCCUCCAGAAUAAGCAGUGCUCUUUGUAACACCUCUGUUAACACAGAAUUCCCAGAUAGGGAAUAGGAAAUAGGUUUUCUAAACCAACCCCCCUCCUUUAUUUAUGGCAAAACCUCUUUAAUGUAACCUGAAGGAGUUGGGUUACCAUCAGAUGUUAUGCAGCAAAAAAGAAACCAUUGCUCUUUGUAACUUGUGUAUUUUAGCUCUCAAGACAACUCAGGCGACCAGGAACACUAUUUGGUGCUUUUCUGCUGUUUUACAUUGAUUUGUUGUAUCUGAUAGAAUAAUAUGUUGCCUUAAAGUAUUAUAAGUGGCUCUGUAUAUUAACUAAUAUUCUCUGGUCUUUUGUCUCUAAUUUAAUUAUUCCCCCAUCCCCCAUGUGAAAUGUACAGUAUAAAGUUUAUAUAGCAAAGAUUAUUUAGUCUAACCUUCCGGUUAUAUGCGAGAUCACAAUUGCAGGCUUAUUCUUUGUGCCUGCAGGGCAAGGCCUGAUUCUCUUUUUAUUUACAUUAAAAUUAGGUUUCUGCUUGAUAACACACACUAGCUUUAUGCUAUAUUCUAUUAUAACAAACUGCCUUCACCAUAUAUCAGUAUAGGAAAAUAAACUGCUCGAGGCCAAGGAGAUUCCCUGCCUUGCACAGAGAUUUGCUUAUGGUUUGUGAAUCGUAACCACUGUAUGUCAUAAAAUGUAACAUUAUUUUGUGAAAUGUUAAACUCUUUUAGAUAUGUCAAAAAUACUUUUUAUUGCAUUGUUAAAUCCAGGAUUAGGACUGUGUGUAGUUUAGCAGAUUAAACUCCAACCAGAAAUCCUAGGCACUGAAUUGAAACAUAUGAUCAAAGAAGUGGGUCAAUGCUUAUGCCAUGUUAUUUUCCAGUCCUUCUUACAUUUUUCAGUAUUUCUUUUACCCCAUAUAUGUUUCUUGCACAUGACAUAUACACUUUUGAUGAUGUCCUUAUGUUAGGUGUAAAUCAAAGAGCAUACAUUAUUAAACAUAAAUUAAACAGUAUAAUUCACACUUAGAACUUACCUUCUGGAUGUUCUAGAAACUGAAGAUCUAAAAAUAAAGAUUCUAUUGCUAUACCAAAAGAAGUUAAAAUUAAAAUAAUAAUAAUAUCUGAAAUUGUAAAAAAAAAUUUUGUUUUUUUUACAAAAAUAUUUGUCCAUGGUUUAAGCCUGGUAUUUCAGUUCUACGCCAUUUACCCAAUUAAGGAUGAGAAUGGUUGAACCUCUCCAUGAGGUGAAUUUGAACCAUGGGGGGGGGGGGGGGCAGAUUUUAUAUAUUAACACUGCAACAUUUCCAUUUAAAGUGCAUGCUUGUUUCUUUUACAUUGAAAUAAAUGUGUUAAAGUGCUGUGUUACAUGUCCGUGGAACAAAAAAACAUUUUACUCCGGCGCCAACUGCCCAUAAAGAUGAGGAUGCAGCGUUGGUAAAAUAUAAUAUAUUUUAUUCCAAAUAGGUUUCGUGUCUGUCACCCUUUCCUUAUGUACAUUGUUCAUUGAGAAGGGGUCACAGACCCGAAACGCGUCUAUUUGAAGGUUAUUUGGAAUAAAAUAUAUUAUAUUUUACCAACGCUCCAUCCUCAUCUUUCUGGGUGGUUGGCGCCGGAGUUUUUUUUCUUCCACGGACCUGGAACACAGCACAUGGACACUGUAUCCCUCGGAUUCAGAGACACCUGAAUCUGGUUGCUGGUCGGUUGGACUGCAUUAACGCAGCAAACGCUGUCAGAGGAAUUUGUGUCCCUGUACACAACGAAAGAAGGUGAGCACCAUUUCACUCACCGUUUUCAUAUUCACUUUGCACACCUUUGCAAGAAUAUGCUUCCCUAUGAGAAGCUCUGCUUUUUUUUUAUCUCUUUAGCUUUAUCCACAUUUAAAUGAAUGGGAGUGGUGGUAUAAUGUAGGUAAAACUGUGGACCAGGCUUUUCUAAAGAUUUGCGGCUGCCAUGUCCUACUAGUUCAUAAUCUUAAUAAGGAGUAAAUGAUCUCAUAAUAAGCCUCUUUGUAGAUUAUUUCAGUAUGGAUUGGAUGACCAACAGGGAAUUACUCUUUAUACAUCAGUUAGAGGAAAAUAACUGGAAAUGGCAUUUAUUCACACAUGAGUUGGGAUUCUCCCCAGUGAUGCAUUUCCCAAAGAAGUUAAAGGAAAACGGUCACCUGUUCACCUGCACUAGAACCCAGAUACACCGGGUUAUAGUGCGGGUGAACAGGAUACCGAUGCGGGGUCUCGGACUGCUAUAGCUACCUGCAGUCUGGAGCCCCGAUCCCACGAAGGUCCCCCUCUUGCAGCACUGACUUACGCUUUGAGGUGGGCCCGUCGGCCGGAUUUAAAUAUUCA